AUGGCCUUUCAGUACGUCCUCGAGGUAUUGUAUUGGUUCUCGGCCUGCCGUCCUCGAGUCUGGAAUGAUUACGAAGAACGCAUUCAUGGUCUUGGUUCCGUUCCAGUUUUGACGGUCGUGCAAUAUACACCUGCAUGGACUGUGCCACUCAGUGGAUGGGUGUCAGAGGGUCAGGGUUCGAGUUCACGUCCAAUAAAUAACCCGGACCUAUAUUGGGGAGGUCUGGUCUACGGAGUGGAUAGCCAAUAUAUCAGAUUGUGGGCUCCGUCUUCCGGCCAAGCAAACUACGGAAUAUUUAGUUUCUGUGACGGUUGGGGUUACGAUGUACGAGGUGGCGACUGCUCAUACAUCCGGGCCUCUGUAACUAUCACAAUGUGGAUGGACCUGUCCGCUACAGAAACCUACAGUCAUACAGAAUUACAUGACAUCAGUGAAAUAAGCGGAAUGCACGAAUUUUCCUUGUUUCCAGCCCAUUCUAUUGAUGUUGAUAAUGACAUUGUUACUGUAGCGUCUUUGGCUACUGAUGGUUCAAAUAAUGGGUAUCAAUUCUACGGCACAGGUGCCGCCAUGGUAGAUAACGCCGAUGGAUGUGGUGGACUCGUGUACGCAUACUCAAACGUCACUUCCGCUUUAAGAGUCUGGCAUCCAAUAGGUGUCAACUCUAAAAUCAUUCACGUAGAAGGCAUGGGUGGAGGAACAUAUAAUCAAAUGUCAAAUCAGGCGAAUAUUGCAAUCAGACUUUUCAAAGUGUCUAACUCUGUUAUAAACUAUUGUGCUGGUGUGGCAGCUGACCCUGGGGUCAACACAAAUACGACCUUGACCUCACUGGUAGACGGUUGCAUGGCAACGUACACGUGUCACUCUGGAUAUAAUCAUAUUUCCGGGAAUCUCAUGCGUGUCUAUGACUAUUCACUGAAUAUAUGGAAUGGGACAGUACCAGAAUGUCAAGCACCGCCAGCAACAUCAACCGAAUCUGGAAGUGUGUGUUUUAACCUUACUACCGUAGUUAACAUCACUGCAGUGGUACGUAUUGCCAAUGAAAUUGUCGCAAAUCUUACAGUUCCAGCUAAAACAACGUCGAAAUAUCUAAGAAGCUUAACGAGUGCUGAAGAUAGUCGAAAAUCAUCAACAAUGAUUGGCAUGGCUGGAGCGGGAAUAUGUGCGCUUACAGUAGGUCUUCUAGUCAUACCAGAUAUGAUAACAGCUUCUAGGUUUUUAAUAAGAAGAAUAAGGAAAUAAGUUUUAAAAUAUCUAUCCUA